AUGUUUGAGUACAGGGGUUCUGAUAUUGCAUAUAUACUGCUUUAUGUCGACGACAUCAUUCUUACGGCCUCUUCAGACGAUCUCCGUAGGUCUAUUAUGGCACUCUUGAGUGCUGAGUUUGCUAUGAAAGACCUUGGUCCACUGAGCUAUUUCUUGGGUAUUGCUGUUACUCGUAAUGCAGAUGGCUUAUUUUUAUCGCAGAACCCUGGAACGGGCAGACCAUAUAUCUCAUAUGCCGUCCAACAGGUGUGUCUCCACAUGCAUGACCCUCGUAAUGAACAUAUGGCUGCUCUUAAGCGUAUUCUGCGCUACAUUCAGGGGUCUAUCGACUUUGGUCUGCAUAUCUACAAGUCUACUGUCAACAGCUUAGUCUCCUAUACAGAUGCAGAUUGGGGUGGUUGCCCGGAUAAUAGACACUCCACCUCUGGCUAUUGUGUCUUUCUCGGUGACAACUUGAUUUCUUGGUCUUCAAAACGUCAGCCUACAUUCUCCCGUUCUAGUGCCGAGGCCGAAUAUAGGGGAGUUGCUAAUGUUGUCUCCGAAUCCUGCUGGAUCAGAAAUUUACUCCUUGAGCUACAUUGCUCGAUCCAAAAGGCGACACUUGUUUAUUGUGACAAUGUGAGUGCAAUAUACUUAUCAGGUAACCCGGUACAACAUCAGCGCACUAAACACAUUGAGAUGGACAUACACUUUGUUCGCGAAAAAGUUGCCCGUGGUGAGCUGUACAUAUUCACACUGGUAAAUAAAGUUCACUUACAAUUUUGGUCUCUGCUUUGUUCUGUUCUCAAAGCUGUACAUAUUCACACUUUGGUGAAGCUAAAUGAAGAUGACAAUUGA